GCGGGUUUGGCCGGCGGGAACCGCUGCGGCCUAGUUCGCAGGCGUCUGCGUGACGAGCCUCGCCGGCCUUGCCGUCUCUGUCGCGGGAAGCGGCGCGAGCUUUCCUUAGGCCUCGCUUGUUAAAAUGGGUCGCCGCUCAUCAGACACUGAGGAAGAGAGCAGAAGCAAAAGAAAAAAGAAACACCGUAGGAGGUCAUCUUCAAGCAGUUCUUCUGAUAGCAGAACUUACAGCCGUAAAAAAUCAGGAAGGAAGUCAAGGUCACGGUCUCGAGAUCUCCAGUUUCAUUCACAUUCAUAUGAAAAGAGGCACAGGCAUCGAUCUAGCAGCAGCUCUUCAUAUGGAUCCAAGAGAAAACGGAGCCGGAGCCGUUCAAGAGACCGAGGAAAAUUAUAUCGGUCUCAGAGAUCAAGAUCAAAGAGCAGAACAAGAAGGUCCCACUCCAGACCUCAACAACGGUCUUACAGCCGAAGCAGUGAAAGGACCAGUCACAGAAGAACACGCAGCAGAUCUCGUGAUAAAGAAAGACGUAAAGGCAGAGAUAAAGAGAAGACAAGAGAGAAGGAUCGGGCUAGAGGAAAAGAAAAGGACCAGCAUUAUACCCAAAGUGGGGAUGCUGGAAACAUCAAAGCUGGAUUAGAACAUCUGUCCGCUGCUGAACAGGCGAAAGCUAGAUUACAGUUGGUUCUUGAAGCUGCUGCAAAAGCUGAUGAAGCAUUAAAAGCUAAAGAAAGAAGUGAAGAAGAAGCAAAGAAGAAAAAGGAAGAAGGCGGUCAGGACAGGUACAGCAGCGGCAGUGCAAGUAACCUCCACACCACCCCAUCAGUGUGCCUCAACUCUGACCUGGAGGGACCACCUCAAGAGGCCUAUACCAUUCAAGGACAGUAUGCCAUUCCACAGCCAGAUCUGACCAAGCUGCAACAGUUGGCAAUGCAACAGUCACACUUUCCAAUGUCUCAUGGCAACACUGGAUUCCAUGGUUUGGAUGCAUCAGCUCAAACUAUUUCUCAUGAACUCACCAUUCCAAACGAUCUGAUUGGAUGCAUCAUUGGGCGUCAAGGCGCCAAGAUCAAUGAGAUUCGCCAGAUGUCUGGGGCGCAGAUCAAAAUUGCCAAUCCAGUGGAAGGAUCUACUGACAGGCAGGUUACCAUAACUGGAUCUGCAGCCAGCAUUAGCCUGGCUCAAUAUCUAAUUAAUAUCAGGCUUUCUUUGGAGACUGGUGGAAUGGGAAGCAUCUAGGACAAUGCAACCGCCUCACGCAUUACCUGUUUCUGCUGUUCAUCCCCACGGUCCAUCUGUGUAGUUUCUGAGCAGUCAGCGAUUCCAGGUUUUAACUAGUUUGUAAAUUUUCAGUUCUACAUGCUUUACCCAUCUACUCAUGUUUUUUUAAAAAAAUUGCAGCAUUUUAAUUCCCUUUCUCUGUUCAGCUGUUAAAAUGCUGAUUCAUAUUUUAGUUUAUAAGCUUCUCCCCCUUUCUUGGCUCAUGAAGUUUUUCUGUUAUGUCAUGAGAUGUAAGAGUGGAAUUAAUACAUUUCAGUUUAGUUCUGUAAUGUCAGAAAUUUUUAUAAAAAAUAAAAAGAUGGACUGGGAAAAAAGGAAAAGAAAACCAGAGGGGAGGGAGAAUGGCGUAUCCCAGAGGAGGGCAUGGCUGGAUAGGACCUUGGUCAGGAGCUUUCCACACAGAUAAAUUUCACUGCUAGUCCUAUUUGUUUAGUUACUAAAAAAAAAAAAAAUGUAGAUAUUUUUCCCUUUUAGAACACAGAGGGCAGAUUCUAUAUCUCAGUGUUCUCUGAUAAAUCAAAGUAGCAUGUUGGGAUGAAGGCACAUCCAGACCACUUCUUCCUGAUAUACUAGCUUUCCCGAGCAGGAAGGUUUUGACUUGGGGGUAUUGAACCAACCUCCACAUUAUGAAGUGGUACGGUCCCAAGAUUGCAGCGCAUCAGACUUUUUGGGUGCAUUAACCAGGCAUUGUGUUCACUCAGGUAUCCUUCCUACAUAAAAUUUUACACAGUCUUAUCCUGCAUAGACAACUCCACGAGAGGUCAGGAGGGUGGAAACACAAAAAUGGGCUUUUUCUGUGAUGGCUCUCAGCUUAUGGAAUGCUCUCCCCCGGGAGGCUCGCCUGGCACCCUCAUUACAGUGGUACCUUGGUUUAUGAACUUAAUCCAUUUCGGAAGCCGGUUCUUAAACCAAAGCGUUCUUAAACCAAGGUGUGCUUUCCCAUACAAAGUAAUGGAAAACUGAUUAAUCCGUUCCAAAUGAUGAAAAACAACCCCUAAAACAGCAAUUGAACAUGAAUUUUACUAUCUAAUGAGGCCAUUGAUCCAUAAAAUGAAAGCAAUAAACAAUGUACUGUACUGUACAAUCAAUAAAACAGUAUUGAUGAUUUAAAAAAAUGAAAAUGUGAUUUUUUUCUUUCUUACCUGCACUGAUGAUAGUCAUUGUUUGGAUGGGGGGUUGGGGUCCUCUUCCAGAUUCACAAUUGGUGACUCCUCUCCUGCCAUUCCUUCCCUUGCUUUUUUUUACACCACUGCCACCUACACCACCACCACCUGGUUCAGACUCACUGGAUCUUUUCCUUACCAAAAAUUGAGACGUGCUUUUGCCGAUGUUUUAAAACAUGUCUAAAGUGAGACAUUGCAGGUGUUAGUGGCAUGACUUACAGCAGCUUUAUCAGGGUGAUAUUUUUCAGCAAUAGUUUGCACUUCAUCCCAUUUUGCAAACAUUUCUUUAAUUGUUGCUGUAGAUAGACUUUCUCUGCUCUCCUCCUCCGAAGAUAUUUCCUCAGUUGCCGCCUUUUGCUGCUCCAUCAGAAUGUUUUGAAGUUCUUCUGUGGUGAGCUCAGUCCUGUGCUCCUCCACUAACUCCUCCACAUCAGCACCACUCACUUCCAAGCCCAUGGAAUUUCCCAGAGACACAAUAUCCUCAACAAGAAGAGCAUCCUCUUCAACAGCCUCUGUUACAUGUUCUGGGACAGCUUCUGGCCACAAUUUCUUCCAUGCUGCCUUCAGUGUUCUCUCCAUCCUUUGUCUAUCAUAUGUAAGCAAUGGAGGAUAUUAAAAUGAUUCUUCCAGAACUCUCUUAAGGUUAGCUCUGUGUCCAAGGUCACCUCAAAGCACCUUUGGAACAAUGCUUUGGUGUAAAGCUUCUUAAAAUUAGAUAUGACCUGCUGGUCCAUGGGCUGGAUGAGAGAAGUUGCGUUGGGGGGCAAAAACUUUACACGGAUGAACACAAACUCUUCCAACAACUCAUCCUCCAAGCCUGGAGGAUGACCUGCAGCAUUAUCCAUAAGAAACAGGCACUUCAUUGGAAGAUUUUUGUCCUGGAGGUAUUUUUUCACACUUGGCCCAAACUCAAUAAAAAAUUGUCUUGUUACCCAAGCUCUGCUGUUCGCCCUCCACAUCACAUGCAGUUUGCUUUUUAUGACAUUGUUCUUCUUAAAUAUCCUGGGGUUCUCAGAAUGGUAGACUAGCAAAGGCUUCAACUUAAAAUCUUCACUUGUAUUUGCAGAAAAUAAAAGGGUUUGCCUAUCUUUCAUGGGCUUAUGCUUUCUCCUCUUUUGUGAUGUUGGUCCUCUUUGGCAUUUUCUUCCAAAAGAGGCCUGUCUCAUCACAGUUGAAAACUUGUUGGGGAACGAAGCCCUGUGACUCAACUUAAUCUUUAAAUUCCAAAACAAAUCGGUCAGCAUCUAAUUUGUUGGCACUGGCAGCUUCACCAUGUCUCACAACACUGUGGAUGCCAGUUCUCUUCUUAAAAUUUUCAAACCACCCUCUGCUUACCUUAAAACUCUCAACCUCAGCACUUGCUCCAGGGGCAUUUGCGAUGAGGUCGGCAUGCAAACGUAAAGCUUUUUCACAAAUUAUGCUUUCAGAAAUGCUGUCACCGGCCAACUGUUUUUCGGUUAUCCAUAUUAAAAGCAGUUUUUCCAUUUCU